UAAAGAUGGCGGCAAAUUAUGAUUUGGUUCUGUUGCACGGACCAAAAUACUGUGGUAGAAACAUACUUUGUGAGAAGUUAUCAUCACCAAUUCAUGAAAGAGUUUGCCCACAUGACUACUUCAGAGACAAUGCAGUUGGUCUUCGAGAUGUCAUUCUUCAAGUUAUCAGCUUACUGAAAAAGAACAAAAAAGUGGUGGUGGAUGAUGAGAAUGCUGCAGCUACAACCAGAGACUCGUACAUCAGAAUGGUACACAGAAAGGAAUCUUCAAAAACUAUUGCCUCAGUAAAAGUGCUACCUGCAAAUGGUCGAUUACAACUGCUUUGGUCUCGCGAGUAUAGUCUGGCAGAAAAUUCAGUUGGAGUAACAUCACAAGAACUUUCUGUACAAGAUAAGGAUAUAAACAAAUGGUUUUCAGAGGGGAACGAAGAUCAAAUCAGUUACUGCAGCAAUGAAGUUUCUAAUCCUUGUGAUGAUGAAGGUAUUGAAGUGUUUGAGAAAACAAUACCAUUGACUGUCAGAUCACAGUAUAAGUUUGAGGUGCCUGCCCUGUGUAUGCAGUGGGAAGGAAUGUUGUGUAGUUCUACUGAAGAGCCUUGUCUUCGCCCUGAGGUGGUGUCUAUCUGUCGACAUUGGUCGGAUGUCAACACAGGGGGACGAAUAUUUGUUAUCUGUGAUAACACUGUCGGUAUGUCAGGAACAUCUGGGCAACAGGAAAAGGCUAAGCACAGACACAUAAUGCAGAGCCUAGUCAAACAGUUUUCUAGCUGCCCGGUGUACAUGUUUUGUAUUGAGAGCCCUGCAGACUCUGGAGGGUUUACCAAGCCUCCUAACCCUGGGAUACUGGCCUUCCUCCAGUGGCGUCACCACCUCAACAUACACACAAAGAAUAGUGUCUACCUGUAUCUGUCCCAGGUUCACAAGGUGAUGGCCGAGACUGCAGGCAUGCCACAUCUUAAGAUGUCAAGGGCAGUGCAUCAACCUUCUUUGGUUGCCUCAAGUCAUGUUUACAGCAUUCCAAAUAUCCCACCAUAUCUAAAAGUUCUGGACAUAUUACCUCCAGAGAACUUGGAACAAAAAACACCGGAGAUUCCUGGAUUUUGUGAAAUCUCUUCAUUUCACGACAAUGUGAUCAGCAUGCAUCUAGGCUAUGGUCGAAGAGAGUGUUUGUUUGCUGAUGGUGUAAAUACCAUAACAAGAUUCAACAAGAUGUAUUGCGAGAUGGCCUCCUUGGCCACAGACACUGUUAGUAAGUUUUCCAAGGCAAAUUCAGUGAAUGAGCUAGAAGCCAAUGUUGAUGAUGAGAAGUUACCUGCCAAGAAACUCUGCCUGUCCAGAUCAUUAUCAUCAGAUCGUGAAUUGCCUCACUGGAUGAUGUCAGAUAGGAAAACCAAACAAAUCUCUCAAUCCAAGUCGCCUAAACCAUCCACAAGUAGAGCAGAUAGCACAGAGUCAACCCAUAGCAAGUAUAAAAGAACAGAGUAUGUGAUGACUGAGGUGGAGCUUAUAGAGAUAGCUGAGGAUAUACUUAAACAGGCAGGCAGAGAAGAUCUCAUAAGAAGUAUUCAGUUACGACAGACAGAAGAAAAUGUAAUCAAGAAACAUGUUGAUUCAACCACGAAAAAACAGGCAAAAGAGAAGGGUGCAAAACAGAGCUUUGCUAGUUCUAUGGAUGUAGAUGAUGAAGAUAAUGAUGAAGAUGAGUCCUCUAUAGAUGUACCAAGCUCGAGGUGUGAUAUUGCACCAGAGGUAACAGUUGCUAAAGUGAAAGUGACAGGACCUACCUCUGGUGUCGUCCCGAGAGGUGUAGUGUCUGGUGGGGACAUGGAUCAGGUACCAAGCACAUCUCUCCUUGAUGACUUCCUCAUCAGUGAAAACGUCAGAAAAAGGAGCCCAAAGAAAUCAUUUAGGAAAUCUCGAGACACACCUUCCAAGAACGUGACACAAUCUGGACAUGUUCAUUUUUGUGAGAAUAGUAAUUUGCAAAGGACAAACCUCUUUCAAAACAAACAUAAGAAGUUAACCACAAAACCAGAUGUAUCUCCAAACAGAAAUAAUCCUGAAAGUGAAUCUCCUCCCAAUGAUGAGCAUUCGUCUGACAGCAGUACGAAUAUUCAGGAAAGGACGGAAAGUACACCUGAAAAUGUUACUGAAACUUCUGAAAGGAAGCUUACAGAUUUUUCAAUAUUGGAUGAAAUUUUCUCAUGAAGGCAUUAAAAACAUCAAAUGAA